CAGUAAUCCAAUGGAAACCGAACCCCACAAGUGGCAUCAUCCGGACAACAAGAAUCAUUUAACAAUUGAUUAAAUUUUGACCACUCACCUGCAUAUAAUGACCUUUGUAGAAACCGUUUGCUGCAGUCACAGAUUCAUGGCAGUCCAGGCAUGGUUUAUGCAAGAAAAUGGGGAGGAUCAGAGGCUCCCACAUCACAAGAACCCACCAGAGUAUGUUUCAAUGGAGGAAUUAGAGAAACUUGGAGUUUUGUACUGGCAUUUGGACCCGGAGAAAUAUGAGAAUGACCCGGACUUGCAGAAGAUUAGAGAGGCCAGAGGUUACAGUUAUAUGGAUUUGCUGGACUUGUGCCCUGAGAAGGUGGAGAACUACGAGCAGAAAUUGAAGAAUUUUUACACGGAACACAUACACGCUGAUGAGGAGAUACGUUACUGUCUGGAGGGGAGUGGAUAUUUUGAUGUUAGGGACAAAGAUGACCAUUGGAUUCGCAUCUUGAUCAAGGCCGGUGACCUUAUCGUCUUACCGGCUGGAAUUUACCAUCGCUUCACCCUUGACACCAGCAACUAUAUCAAGUUGACGAGGUUGUUUGUGGGGGAGCCAGUAUGGACACCAUUCAAUCGGCCACAGGAGCAUCAUCCAGCAAGGAAGAAGUACAUAGAGAACUUUUCAGAGAAGGCUGGAGUACUACUCAAAGCUCACUAAGGAAUUUGAUGUUUUGGUAGAUACUCAAGAUCCAGUCUAUAGAUUUAUAUGCUACUAGUGCUUGGUAUAAAAUAAUUACUAGUUUGUUAAUAAAACAAGAAAAAUAAAAAAAAUCCUGAGGACACUAUUUGAACAUAAUAGAAACGUACUUGUUUAUUUAUGCUAA